AUGAGAACAAAUUCUAUCGAUAUCCAGGUGCUCAAGCUUUCACCGAACGGAAGCCUGUUGGCCAUAGGCGACGAAUCUGGUCUCUUGGACAUCAAAUUCAGAUACCCUGAAGGUCAAGGCCGAGGCUGGGAAAGCAUUCGACUUUACAACACCGGUGGGGCCGUGCGGGCUAUUGUGUGGCAUCCCAUGCACCCAAACAUUCUUUUUUCUGGCUCAGCCAAUGGAAAUAUAUAUCGAAUUGAAAUAAAAAAGGACCCUAAAGACGAUGAUAUUUGCUGUGGAGAGGUCCCCGCGUUUAUCCACCAUCUAUCCUUGAGUGAAGACGGCGAGAAAUUAUCCAUAUGCUAUGGAUACAGCGUGGCCAUAGUUCUAGAUGUUUUUCACGACCCCAAGAUUCUUGGAAGAAUUGUACCGCUAGACCUGCCGCAGUUCUCCGAGACGGGGAGAAUCGUAGACUGCCCAGUCCCUCGAGCUGCAUUCUACUUGAACGAUAAUGUAUUGCUCGUUAUUCUCCUUGGGAGUUGUGGGAUUUUGGCUUUCUCGACGUCCACGGGAGUGUUAAAGUGGAGGAUAUCUCUUGCACCUAACUCAAUGAUUGGCUCAUGCGCCAUAUCACCAUCCCGUGAGAGACUCGCCGUAAAAAAUCUAGCCAACGGCAUCGAUUGGUACUCGACUUCGCACCAACGAUACGUCGGUACAACAUUGUUGGAGAAUACGCAUCAAUUUAUAGUUGACAUUGCGUUCUUGGAUGAAGAAACCGUUGCAAUCGGAUCCCAAGGAUCUGUCCUUCUCGCUACUUUUGGCUUCAACAGUCCUACCGGAGUUUUCAAUACUGAAGACUACUAUUCAAAGUCGGUUCAGACCGUAGCAUGCGGCAUAAUCUCUAAGUAUCCUGUCAUCCUUUCCGUGUCCCCUCGCAGAGCUGGAAAUACCAAUGGCAGGAAUGCCAUCAUUCAUAUUGCCCGAAUUGAGCCUCAAUUUUCGGACCACCGCCCGUUUGUCCUUGAAGAUUCAAGGCAGAUUCAGAUACCAGGUUCUCUAUCUGAUCCCGAGCUGCUCGCGCCUACCGGACCUGCUUCGUCGACAAUAUGGAUCUGUAUUGGGAUACUAGCGCUGGGCCUGGCUAUUGCGGCGCAGACAUCUCAUGACCAAGAUGCUUUAAUUUCUUGGUUGUUUCACACGCCAGCGGCUUGCGCCCCAGAAACCACAGUCUCAACCUCUACGAUCACGGAGAGAAUGACAGAGACAUCGUCAAUGACUUAUACGAGUACCAGCAUUUUGACGGCCAGCCCAACAACGACAACAAUCUCCAUUACUGAGACCAUGGAACCAGUCACCGAGAUUACCACGUUUACGGUCACCAGCUUCCCAAGGCCAGAAAGUACCAUCAAGCCUGAUCAUGAAACUGCUUGCCUCUGUACUAUGACUGGUACAAUUCACAAUCUCCAGACUACAUCAUGA